AUAAGAUACAUAAAUACAAGCAGUUGUCCACAAGUUUUAAACCUUAUUUCCACCCACCGCCUCUCCUCCUCCUCCUCCUCCUCGCACUGGAGUCUUGUUAGUUAGCUUUUCUUUUCCUAGUUCGCUUCCAAUAUCUCGUUACAUGCGUAUCUAUUAUCCACCCCUUUCUCGUUUACUUUUUCAAAUCUGGGGGGUUAAUUUUUUCUCUUACUUAUCAUCAUAUAUCUAUCUUCCCUUACCCAUGUUGUAGUUGUAUAUUCUUAUCCCACCUUCUCACUCCAAGCCAAUCCGAUUCUCUCUCUCUCUAUCGGCCCUUUUUUCUUUCUUUAACGUUCCUCUGCUUUCUUUCUCGCAUCUCUACCUUUUCUCUGCUGCAAGCAGGGGAGAAGAGAGAUGGCAGACUGCAACAGCAGCGAAAACUUCUAUGGCUCUCAAGACAUUGAGGCAGCAUCCACGACCAAGAAAUAUGGAGGGCUGGCACCCAAAAAGAAGCCCUUGAUUUCAAAGGACCAUGAACGCGCCUUCUUUGAUUCAGCAGACUGGGCAUUAUGCAAGCAAGGAGCUGGAGUGAAUCAAAAGUCAACAGUGGCCAUAGAAACUUUGCGCCCGAAACUACAGGUAAUAAUAUCCUACCCCCCCAUCUCCUUCCUCAAGAGGGAAAAAAAAGCAUAGCGGUAAGGGAAAAAAACAAAGAGAAUGUUGUUUAUACGGGAUGCUCCCGUGAUUAAAAUUUGAAAUUUUCAUUAAUAAGUUUCAUGUUCAAA